AAACUUAAAUAUAAAAGUUGUCUUCAUUGAUAUAAACGCUGCAUGAUAAAUAUUUUGAAGUGACACAAUAAGGAAGUUCGUGCAUUAACUUUGUAAGCAUGUUACAUUGCACAAAUUCAUGAAAAUAAUCUUGUAUAAAUCUGAUAAAUUAAAAAUAAGAGCCUCUGAAAUAUAAAGUUUGUAUAGUUCAUAGUUGUAAACUUGCUGCAAGUAACGUAAAACUACCUACAAGAUACUACAGGGUUAUCCACAAAGGAUGAGACUGUAAAGACGACCCAAAACUCUAAACAAAUGACGAUUUAAAGCUUGAUUUUUGGUUUCUGCAUUCAAUUUUGUAUUUUGAUGGUGUAUGUUUGUUGACAGAUAACAGCGACACGACAGAUGAACUGGUUUAUUUAAGGCCCGUCUGAACUCCGGGUAGGUAACUAAAUACAGUCCGGAUAAUUCCUUGGUCGAUCGGCCACAAACACACACCACAGAGUAACCCCGUCACAAGAAAUCGAUAACAAAAACCUGAAUUCCCAAAAAAAUAACAUAAAUUAUAGGUCAUGGUUACUUGUACAAUGUUAUAAUAAAUGUUAAUAAUAGAAAAAAUCUUACGAUUUAUUUUUCCAUGGUUCGGGGAAACUUAUUGUUGGUCAGUAUUGAAAUUCUAUUUUUAAACUUCUGAAAAAAUUACAGCUGAAUAUUUUACGAAAUUCACUAAUGCUUCAUAUGAAAAUAUUUUGUUUAACUUUAAUGAUUUCACAAUAACAAAAAUGGUUGAAGUUCCGUGGGACAAAGAACAAAGAGUAUGCGGGCUGAAAUAAUUUGGUUUGGCCUGUCUCCGAGAGGAAAUUUUACGUUGAAGACGACAUUAUCCAGAGGUCUUAAAGUUAAUGGUUAACAAUGUUAUGAUUAAGUACAGGUUUGGCCAACAAGGAAUCCUGAAUGCACCAAAAAAUGGACAAUCGUCUCUGAAGUCUCAUCUUUUGUGGGUAAUCCUGUGUGUCGGAAUAUUUCAGUCAUAUUUUAAUCUCUCAUUUAAAAUACAUAUGACGUAAUAGACCUUAUAUAAUUCACUUUUAAAAAAAUCAACAUAAAAGGGGUGAAAAUUGGUUCUACAGUUAAGACACGUACUUCAAUGUAAUGAAGACGACUUUUCUAUUUGAGCUUCUCAUGCUUUUCAAGUUCAUGUGUAUCCAUGCUGUCUUAAAUCUAAAGUCGUCCUCAUUGUAUUGAUACAUACAACAACGACUGAAGACCUCUAGUUCACCGUGAAGCGUAGAGUGAAUUGUAUAAAUGAGUUUAAAUGCCUCUAAAGUAAAGCUUUAUUUAGAUAGAACAUUUGUUGUAAAUGAAAGCGCUGAAUAAUAGCAAAUGGAAGGUCACAAUUCUUCAGAAUUUAGGAUAAAAAGUUUUUUGAUUACAUUUACUUGAAUAUAUUAACUUGGGGUUAUAUCUGAAUAUAAUUAGUAUUUAAACAGCUUAAACCAAAUGUAGUUCUUAGUUCUCAGAGAUACAAAGUAGAUAUGGGUUAUCUUGUUGUUUCCAUUUCUUUCUGUCUUCUAACCAGCCAGAUGAAUGCUGCUCCAGCUCCGGCUCCAGUUCCGGCUCCAGCUCCAGCUCCCUUAUUUAGAAGUCUGCUGGGUGGUUUGUUGGGACCUGGGGGAGAUGAAGAGGACCCAGAAUAUGACAAUUAUGAUGAGGAGGGAUAUGGGCAUCAUGGAGGAUAUGGGGGAUACGGACAACAUGGGGGAUACGGGGGAUAUAGGCAACAUGGAGGACAUGGGGGGUAUGGGCAACAUGGAGUACAUGGGGGUUAUGGGGGACAUGGAGGACAGGUGCAAUAUGAUGAAUAUGAUUACUGAUAACUUAAUAUCGGAGAGAAAGGAUUAUUUUUAUUUAUUUAUCAUCUGUAAAAUUGUAUUAUCAGUGUUAAUAAAAAUCAAUAAAGUGUUUUCUAUUACAUGAUGUUGCUUAAAUAGUUGUGUGUAUGAGUCAUAUAUUCCCUUGUCAUA